AUGAUAAAAGUCUAUAAUCCAGAAUUACUUAUUUCUGAUGCAUAGGAUAAAUUAACAUAACUAGUUAGAGAUGAUUUUAAGCCAUUUAUUUUGAGGUGUGAAUAACACAAGCUCUGCGUGUUGGAAAAUGAGAACUUGAUACUAUUUUCUGUGCUUUUUGAUAAAUGUUCGCCUAUAAUUGAUGAAGCCUAAUUGUAUACAUGAAUUAUAAAUAAGAACGAUUACGCUUGUGAGUUAAAAGGAUGAAUCUAAAAUAAUAGCAAUUAAGUUUGCGGACAAGAAAGGGAUGUCUUAUCUACAACAUUAUGUAUAUAUAUUUCACGGUAUCUAGAUUAAUUCAAGAAAAACAUAUACAAAGUAUAUGGGUCCUUUAGCAUAUCAACCAGUGAGAAAAGAAAGGACUUCAUUAUUGAGUACAGAAUCCCCUGAAUAAAAUUUCAGAGGAAUAUUAAAUCUGGCAAUUUUGAUAUUGAUAGCUAAUCAUAUUAGAUUGAUAUUCGAGAAUUUUUAAAAGUAUGGUUUGCUUAUAACAAAUGUAUUCUGGAAGUUUGAGAUGGUGUAAAUAAAUGGUAAUCCUAUCAUGUAAGCUUUAUUGGCAUUAAUUAUUAAUUUGUUGUCUGGAUUUGGAAUUCAAUAUUUAUAAUUUAAAAGAGAUUUUAAUCCUAGAUUUAUUAGAAUAUUUAAUAUAGCUAACAUUGCAUUAACUAUAAUAAUCCCAUGUUAUUUAAUCUAAGGAUCUCAUCCAGGAUUGAAUUUGAUUUUUCUAGGUGUUCAAUUUAUAGUCUUUAUGAAGUUGAUAAGCUAUGCACACUUUUUGAGGAAUACAUACUUCUAUAUUUAAAGAAUAAAAUAAGUGUAAAAUAAGAAGGUAUCACUUGAUAAUUUCUUUGCUGAAUAUGAAGUCAAUGGUGAGAACCUUAAGAUAUUGGAAAAAUAUGCUCAAAAUUAAUCAAAGAUUUUGGACUUUCAACAUUACUUAUAUUUUCUAGCUGCUCCUACAUUGUGCUUUCAAUUGUCAUAUCUAAGAACCAAUUCUAUAAGGAAAGUUUGGUUGGUCAAGAGAAUUAUCGAAUAUAUUUUUGUCAUUCUUUUUUUAUUGAUUAUUUGGUUCCAAUACACAGAACCCCUUGUGGAGAACACAUACAAAAUGCUAUCAAAAGCUCCGACUUUGAUGGUGCUUGUUGAUCGAUUGUUAAAGUUGGCAAUACCCAAUACUUAUAUGUGGAUUGCCUUAUUUUAUGGGUAAUUCUAAUGCUUUUUAAAUAUCACAGCAGAACUCUUGAGAUUUGCAGAUAGAGAGUUUUACAAAGAUUGGUGGAAUUGUAAGAAUCUUGAAGAAUAUUGGAGAUUGUGGAAUUUACCUGUUCAUCAUUGGUUAGUUAGUAUAAUAUAUAAUUAAUAUUAUAUAAUAGGACACAUAUAUUUUCCAUGUCUAAAAUCAGGGAUGAGCAGAACUGUUUCGAAUAUGAUAGUGUUUUUAGUAUCAGCUUUAGGUCAUGAAUACAUAGUCAGUGCUUCAAUUGGUGUGAUAGAGGCUUGGGCAUUUGUGGGGAUGUUUGCAUAGGCACCAUUUAUGUUAAUGUAAAAGAAAUUAGAGAAAGUAAAUAUAUGAAAAUAUCAUAAGUUACUAAAAUUAUAAGACUCCUAAUUAGGAAAUUUAAUGUUUUGGAUGACUUUUUGUUUUAUUGGAUAACCAAUUAUGAUCUUUGUUUAUUACUUCAGAUAUUUAGAAAAGAUUGGCCAUCCAAUAUGA